AUGUUGAGCCUUCAGCUGGCUAGGGGUGGCUCCCAUAGCCCUCUUGUUCCUUUCCUGAGGCCUCUGUGGCCCUUGUCCAGAGACAUCUUCAGCAGCUUGGAGCAGGAUAUGAUUCGUACUGUAGGAGAGAUUAGAGCCAGUAUGACACUCAUGGACCAGUUUCACCACCAGCUGCUGCAGGAAAUGACACUUCAAGAGAACAAGACUCUACCUGUAAUGAGCAGCACUGACACAAAGACCACCAAGGAUGACUUCAUCCUAACCUUGGACAUUCAAGACUUCUCCCCCCAAGAGCUGACAGUCAAACUGCUUGGAAACAAACUGCUCGUGAGCGGGGCCAAGGAAUCCAAGAUGGAUGAUGGGAAAGGAUCCUUCUCCUACAAGUGCCAGAUCUUCAGGAAAGAGGCAGAUAUCCCCCAGGAUGUGAAAGCUGAAGAUAUCACCUGUACAAUAACCAGCAAUGGGCACCUGCAGAUACAAGCUUCAUGUGUACCUGUGCCAAGCGUGCAAGAGAGGACUGUGCCCAUACAGCUUCCAGCAGCGGUUUCUCAGUGCAAAGUCUAG